GCGGCGGUUUAGGUGGUGCCGGAAAUGGCGGUACCGCCACGGUAGGCGCGCAAGGCCAAGCCAUGGUGAUGCCGGGUUUUCCGCUUCGCGCCGCAGCGGUGCCGCAUUACUCCCCGUAUUCGCCGUCGCGCUUUCACAUCGAUAAACGCUGUCAGCACAGGUGCUCCUGGAAAUGCUUCUCGAUCGCCCUGAUCCUCCUGGCUGUGGCGCUAACGGCGAUGCUGGCGUACUUUGCUGCAGUGAGCUCCAUGCGUCCGAUAGACAGCACUAACUGCAUUCUGGUUCAAGAUAUCAAGGCUGUCACUCACGAAAACGCACACAUCCACGACUCGAUAUCCACGCAGAUCCCCACAGAAGAAUCCCUGCCUACAAGUACGGCGGAACAUUCGAGCGCCGCGGAUAGCGCCGGCGAUCAGCAGAGCGAUCCGCAGAUCCAGCAAUCGGCGCAGCAGUGGCCAGCCGUGCUCGAACUGCAGGCCUACAACGUCGCGCAUUCCGCCGUUAUUCAACCGUACCACUUCUGGAACACGGAGUUCCGCAGCAAGCAGCCGGCAUUCAUCAGGUUAAACUUGACCCUGCCGUGGGGCGCGAAUUUCGCGGUGUACGGCAGACGAAACGUCGCGCCCAGCGUCACGCAGUACGAUUUUGCGGAGUUCGUAAAGGGUGGCAGGGUAGACAGGUUGAAGAGGGACAUCACCGCGAAGGCCGUCAGUUUUAUGCAGUCCAACAAUCUGCAGGAUAUCCGCGUGGAACGCGCGGCACCAGCCGCGUCUUAUCAACACGUGCUCAUCAAGAGGACCAUCGUGGAACCGCUGAUGGUCAACGUCAGUCUGUUGCAAUACUUUGAUACCGGCGACUGGUUCCUGUCCGUGUACAACGACGAGUUGCAACCUUACAAGGUUACCCUCAUCGUAACGGAAGCCGAAGGUGUGUCCAGUACGUGUCCUAACGACUGCUCCGGACGUGGCUCGUGCUACCUUGGCAAGUGCGACUGUAUAGACGGAUAUCAGGGUGUUGAUUGCAGCAAAAGUGUGUGUCCGGUUUUGUGUUCUUCUCACGGACAGUACGGCGGUGGUAUGUGUCACUGUGAGGAGGGCUGGAAAGGCGCGGAGUGUGAUAUACCGUUAGGUGACUGCCAAGUUCCUGAUUGCAAUCAGCAUGGCCAGUGCGUCAGAGGAUCCUGCGUCUGUAAUCCUGGCUGGAAGGGCGCUUUCUGCGAUGAACCCGACUGCUCCGACCCGAACUGCAGCAGCCACGGCGCCUGUGUCUCCGGCAAGUGUUACUGCAAGGCCGGUUGGCAGGGCGAGCGGUGCAAUCAGGUCGAUCAGCAGGUGUACCAGUGUCUGCCCGGCUGCUCCGAUCACGGCACGUACGACCUCGAAUCUGCGGCCUGCGUUUGCGAGGAGCACUGGACCGGGGUCGAUUGCUCGCAGCCGAGUUGCGGUCUAGACUGCGGACUUCACGGAUCCUGCGAACAGGGCCGCUGCAAAUGCCACGACGACUGGACCGGAACGAAAUGCGAUCAAAAACCAUGCGAUUCGCGUUGCGCCGAGCAUGGCCAGUGCAAAAAUGGAACUUGCGUAUGCAGCCAAGGAUGGAACGGACGGCAUUGCACAUUACCUGGAUGCGAGAAUGGAUGCAGCCGCCAUGGAUUGUGCACCCUACAGGACGGUGAAUAUAGUUGCGAGUGUUCGACUGGGUGGGCCGGCAGAGAUUGCAGCAUACGACUCGAAUUGGAAUGUAAUGAUUACGUUGACAAUGACGAAGAUGGCAUGAUGGACUGCUCUGACAGCGAGUGCUGCUCGCACGAAGCUUGCUCAGAACAUAUCAUGUGCCUUGCUAGUAAUAAUCCCGUGGACGUUCUCCUUCGAAAACAACCGCCCAGCGUCACAGCGUCCUUCUACCAGCGGGUGAAGUUCCUCGUCGAGGAGAACAGCGUACAGAGCUACGCCCACAUGGACGAGUACACGGAAAGUACGUUCUGGAGUUCCUUUACACCGCGUCGAGUUGCGGUGAUGCGAGGCCAAGUUGUUACCGAACAAGGACUCGGAAUAGUAGGCAUCAGAGUGUCCGUGGACAGGGAUUCGCGCUUCGGAUUCACCUUGACCAGAGCAGAUGGAUGGUUCGACGUCCUGGUCAAUGGCGGAGGCGCCGUGACGCUUCAAUUCCAGCGCAGCCCUUUUAAACCCCUCACGAGGACCGUCUUCGUACCUUGGAAUCAGAUCGUGGUCCUGCCGCCCGUUGUGAUGAUCCUCAGCAAGGAAGGCGAAUCGUAUAAAUCUAACCAGCCGCCGAGCCCGGCAGUUGGCUUCCCAGGGCUUUCGAUGGGACUCUUUAGCGAGCACGGUCCGUGCCUGGAGCACGAUCACGAGACGCUACGACCAAUUAUCGUUAGCACCUGGAUGCCGGAAAAAGUUGGCGGUUUGCCCGGAAAGAGCUUGGUCUUUGCUGAAAGUCAGAUCGUGCAGGAAAGCAUUGCUAUUCCGGGCUCCAAUCUCCACUUGAUGUAUCAAAGCAGUCAGGCUGCGGGCUAUCUCUCUACCGUGAGGAUGCAACUGACCGGGCCGUUCAUUCCGAAAUCGCUGACGCACGUACACGUGCACGUGGAGAUCGAGGGCUCGCUUCACACGAAAACGUACGAGGCCGACCCAAAUCUGACGCACACGUUCGCCUGGAAUAAGAGAAACGUUUACAAGCAAAAGGUGUACGGCGUGGCGCAGGCGAGGAUGUCGAUUGGGUAUCAGCACUCCACUUGUCCGUCGGUGAUAUGGGAGACGCAGACGGCCACUUUGCAAGGAUUUGACGUCGACAUCUCCGAUAUCGGCGGUUGGGGACUCGAUAUCCAUCACCAUUACAACUUCCACGAGGGAAUCCUGCAGAAAGGCGACGGCUCUACUCUACAUUUCAAACAGUAUCCGCGCACUGUGAAAGUGGUAAUGGGUACAGGCCUCCAGAGGAGUUUGGUGUGUCAGAAUUGCGACGGUCUCGCUAAGGACGCUAGACUCUUGACGCCGGUGGCACUCACCAGCGGACCCGACGGCAGCAUAUACGUCGGAGACUUCAACCUCGUACGCAGAAUCACGCCCGAAGGAAAGGUUUACACCGUCCUGAUUUUAAGUGCGACUCAAGUAGCGUAUCAGUACUAUCUGUGCAUCUCACCGGCUGACGGACACUUGUACAUCAGCGACCCGGAGAAACAUCAGAUAUUGAAGGCCCUCUCGUUGGACCAGGUCCAAGAUCCCAGCAUUAAUAUCGAACCCGUUGUUGGAAGCGGCGAGAGAUGUAUUCCAGGUGACGAGGGCCAUUGCGGCGAUGAAGGUCCGGCCAUCCAUGCAAAAUUGGCUCAUCCCAAAGGAAUCGCAAUUGCAGCCGAUAAAACGAUGUACAUUGCCGAUGGAACGAAUAUUCGUGCUGUCGAUCCUCGAGGUAUCAUACACACGCUCGUGGGACAUCAUGGUCAUCAUAAUCAUUGGUCACCCGCUCCUUGUAUCGGAGCUAUUCCCGCGCAUCAAGCACAGUUACAAUGGCCCACCGGGUUAACCUUGAGCCCGUUAGACGGGUCCCUGCACUUUAUCGACGAUAGACUAGUCUUGAAACUCACCAGCGACCUGAAGGUUCGCGUGGUCGCUGGUACGCCUCUUCACUGUACCAGCAACGCCAACAGCAACAGUAAUGUCAAUGACGAACUUCCGAAACUGAACUCGUCGCUGACGACAAAUCCGAAGAAAUCGGACGAGGUCCUAGGCUCGGUGUUGGCCGUCGGUUUCAGUCCAACCGGCGAACUGUACAUAGCGGAUCGUGAUUCUCAUCGGGUGAACUCUAUCAGGAUCGUCGAUUCCUCCGGGAAAAUGUCACACUUUGCGGGCCAACAGCAGGACAGACUGCGCGGUCAAUGCGACUGUAAUAAUACUACACCCAGCACUAAGGACUUGGAUACGUGCACCUGUAUAGAUGAUACCAGCAGCACCGAGACGCUCCUCUCGUCGAACGCCAAGUUUACCGCGAUAUCGGCUCUGGCGGUUUCACCAGACGGUGUUUUGCACGUGGCCGAUCAGGGCAGCCUUCAUAUCCUCGCUCUCCAACCGUAUCUUCCGAAUCAUGAUGAAAACGGGGAAUUCCGUAUUCCAUUCCCGCCUUCGAAUGAAAUAUAUGUGUUUAAUCGAUACGGCCAACAUAUCUCCACAAAAGACUUGACAUCCGGAAAGACUCGCUACUCCUUCUUGUACAGCAAAAACACAAGUUUCGGCAAAUUGUCCACGGUAACGGACAGCGCGGGCAAUAAGAUCCAAUUCUUGCGAGAUUACAGCAGUGUCGUUAGCUCCAUUGAAAACACGCAGGAUCAUAAAUCUGAGUUGAAAAUCUCCGCAGUUGGAUUUCUGGAGAAAUUGUCCGAACGCGGUAGGGCGGAAAUCGCUCUGGCUUACGACGGUUCAACCGGUUUACUUACCAGUCGAUCAGGAGGAGAUGAAACGUACAUAUACAAUUAUGACAGUUUGGGACGUGUGACCGACGUAAUACUGCCGACAGGCGAAAAAUUGAAAUUAUUGUCAGACUUGUCUGAUGAUGAAGGUCUAUUGGUUAAAGUAUCUGCUCCAUUGCAAGCUUUAUCGAAAGGUGAUAAACAGCGAACCGUAGAGUUCGAGAUGAGGAGCGAGAAAUCGAAGAUGUUGACGAUCACUGACGAUACGAAACUCAUGAAAGCAAUCGCAUUUACGAACAACAGUCUGGAAGUGCUUCUGCCUGGCGGCGGUAGAAUACUCAACGCGGCAACGACGAAACAUCCACUAUUAAAGCCAGCUUUGCCAGUGGAAGCGGAAAUGUUGCCUAUGUGGAGCUACCAAUUGAUGUCGCUAGGUGAAUUAACAAAUACCAUGACGACAACGUACAAUCUGGUCGGGGAAGUUAGCCAUCCUCAGCAAACACUCAAUAGAGAGAUUUGGGUGAACGACACGCGUGUGAUAAGCGUCGAAUUUGAACAGGCACUAAGUCGCGAAACGUUCUACGACAAAGCGGGAACUCCUUUAUUAACGGUGACCUUUGACCAGGCCGGUUUACCCUUGGUCUGGCAACCGUACGAACAGGGUCACAACCUCACCAUCACUUACGAUCGAUUUAAUAGAAUCGACAGUUGGAAAUGGGGCGCCUCCGACGAGUCAUAUGGCUAUGACCGACACGGUCAACUGGCAGAAAUCAUCAACAGCAAGGACGGCAAGAAACAAUACACCUACAAUGACUUCAACAUGCUGUCAAAGAUCACGCUUGCUAGCAAGAGGCAGUUCUCGUUACAAUACGACGAUAAUGGCGGACUGCGACAUAUCAUUCUACCGUCGGAAACUAAGCAUUCCUUCUCCUGUCAGGCUUCCCUCGGUUUCCUCAGGGUGACAUACACUCCACCAGGUAGCACUAGAGCCUAUCUGCAACACUACAGUCACGAUGGGAAUUUGCUGCAGACCGUAUUCCCAGGAGACGGAGCUCGUAUCGUCUAUAGAUAUCACACCUCAGGUCAAUUGGCGGAAGUCGUUCACGGGGAUGGCAAGAGCGAGAUUAAAUAUACGGAGAGUGGACUACCUUCUGAAGUAAUACAUUCCGAGAGAGACGUUGAGUACAAGUGGGAUUACCAAUACAGCGCGGGACUUUUGGUGGAGGAGCGCAUAGAUUUCGGCGCCAAGACUGGCUUGAGCAACGCCAAAUUUACAUUCGAAUAUGAUUCGAACUUCCGCCUAAUCGCGGUGCAGGGCAGAAUAGGCGGUCAGACGCUAUCGCCACACAUCAUGGCUUACAGUCCGAGGUCAGGCACGUUGGAACAGAUCGGUCAGUUUAAGGUGACAAGACCACAAUCGAACGAGACGACUGUGUUCGACGGCACCGCGCUGUUCUCGCGCACCACGGACGACCGGUUCCUAGAGACUCAAGUCACGGUAACGAUUCAUCGGAUGGAGGUGUUCAGGAUGGAGUUUACGCACGAUUCGCGCGGCCGCAUCAAUCAGACGAGAACAUACACACGCAAUGUCGCUGUUAACACGUACACCAACGUAAAGAAUUACACUUGGGACAGCGACGGUCAGUUGGCCGGCGUGGAAGCGCAGGAACCGUGGGGUUUCAAGUACGACGCCAACGGUAACCUGCUGUCGCUCACAUAUCGAGGUAAUCCGAUCCCAAUGGAGUAUAACGCCAUGGAUCGAAUAGUCAAGUUUGGCGACGGUUUCUAUAAGUACGACAACCGAGGUUUGGUGGUGCAGAACGCGAGAGAGGAGAGAUUCAAUUACAAUGCCAAAGGUCUUCUCGUGCGCGUCACCAAACGCGGCCGCUUCGACGUGCGAUACUAUUACGAUCACCUAGAUCGUCUGGCCACGAGGAAGGACAAUUAUGGCAACGUCACACAGUUCUUCUACAACAAUCAGAAACGGCCGCAUGAAGUUAGCCAGAUAUACAGUCCGCGCGAUGGUAAACUAAUGUCAUUGGUUUAUGAUGACAGAGGACAUCUUAUAUACGCACAAGUGUACCGGCACAAAUAUUAUAUCGCUACCGAUCAGUGUGGUACACCUAUUAUGAUCUUUAAUCAGUACGGCGAAGGUAUUAGGGAAAUCAUGCGAUCGCCCUAUGGUCAUAUCGUUUAUGAUUCGAAUCCAUAUCUUUACCUACCAGUCGACUUUUGUGGAGGACUUUUGGAUCAGGUCACCUCUCUCGUUCACAUGCCAAAUGGUAAAGUUUACGAUCCACUGAUAGGUCAGUGGAUGUCACCGCUCUGGGAAAAUGUUUUGGAUCGCAUAGACAAGCCGACUCAUCUAAACCUUUAUAGAUUUAACGGAAAUGAUCCGAUCAACGUCAGACACACGGAGAGACCAAGUCAACCAACUGAUCACAUAUCAUGGCUGUCGCAUCUCGGAUACGAUCUAAAAAGUUUAGCGCCGCAAUUAUUCCCGGAGGAACUACCGGAAAGCCUUGUUCCGCGAGCUCUCGGCCCGGGAACUUCUAUAUUCGGUAAGAAGAAAAGAACGCGCAAUUUGGGUGUCCAGUCUGGUUUCCUCGCGUACAUCGCUCAGAGGCACUCGGGCGACGCGAUGAGUUUGUCCGCACCACCACGAUCAGCCUUGAAGAAAGACACGAGCGAGUUAAUACCCACCCGCCUGGGUGCGGCGUCCGAUCCGCCGUUUGGUAAAGGUAUCUUGGUGUCGAGGACUGCCGAUGGCCAGGCGGUUGUAUCCAGCGUGCCCAGCGCUAACGCUAUUUAUGGCGACGUGUUCACAUCCGUUUUCAAUCGCUCAUACUUCCUGCCAUUUACGUUCGUCGUGCACAGCGCGCAGCAGGACGCCUUUUACUUCGUCAAAGAGGAGACUUGGCGCGCUAGUGAAGAUCGCGGCCAGUUGAAACGGCUAGGGGGUCAGGUGAACACGACAUUCCACGAGAACGAAAACGGCAGUGGCAGCAGUUCGCUGAUCGAUGUGAAGAUACAUGGCGCCAGCUACGUGGUGAACUUGCGCUACGGCACCACAGCGGAGAAAGAAAAGCAAAGGCUGCUGCAUCACGCGAAGGCAACGGCUAUCAGGAAGGCAUGGCAUCGAGAACGCGAGGCACUCAAAACGAACACUCCCACGUCCGUCGAGUGGAUGGUCACCGAGCAAGAUGAGAUACUGAAGGUCGGCCUCGCAUCCAACUACGAGGGCGAGUAUAUACACGAUGCGCAACAGUAUCCCGAGCUCGCGGAAGAUCCCUAUAACAUCAGAUUUGUGAAAAAAGCCGUCGAUCAAUCGAGCAAGAAGCGACGCAGGAGGAGAGGCGCGCCGUCCUGUAAGCUCUGGUGGUUAGACAAAAUGUGCUAGAGCGAUUUGAGAAUCAGUCGUAUCGUCCCCUCGCGCGGGGACAUUGUCCAGUAUCGAAGCCGCGGGACUUUCGAGUGAGCGACACACAUACCGGAGGAAUAGAGAUAUAGAAAGAAAAAGGGAAACCGGAAACGUGAAAGUCGACGAAGGGGGUAAAAAGAAUGCCGCUGUAGCACGCCGUAGCGCAGCAUCCAUAUAUAUGCACGCGCAUAUAUAUAUAAACGUACUGAACACUAUCAAAAAGUUUUAUACCAAAGUCUAUUUGUGUAUUUCAAAGAUGCCAAAAACACUAUAACGUUAUAUUAUGUAUAAUAUAUUAUAAAUAUAUAUACCACGAGGUAUAGGGUACGUAGGAUGUAAGAGAGCGUUAAGCGCAUGCGGAGGAACGCGGGUUUCACCGAGUAUUCGCUCCACGGACCAGCUGCGCAAUCGAUCCGCGACUGGCAGAUCCGCGAAAGCCUUAUAAGCGACGGCGAGAGAGGAGAAAAGAAAACAAGAAUCGGGAGAGUGUGUAUCCGGAUCCCGGACCGCGCGAGCCUGGAAAGAGAGCAAGAGGAACAUUACAGGAAAUUCCCUCUCUGGGAGUUUAGCGCUACGUGAACGCAGCUCGAGCUCAUUGCCAGCUUGUAGGUUCGAAUUAAAUUCCAGAAUGUGGAGUUUUCUGAUUACGUUCGUGCGAGGCAAGGCCGGCAAGCUCGUGGAGCUUGCGCUCGAGGCCUAAAGUAAACGGCGGACCGUAGUACCGCGCGUGCGAAUCGUGCAUGUUCAACGGUAUCACACCGCAUUGAUACAAGGUAAAUUAUAAUUAUAUCGCGAAGAGUGAGGACAAAGAAGAAUCGAGGAAGAGGCCAUUUGUAGUUGAGAACGACGAGAAAGAGAGAGAGAGAGAGAGAGUGAGAGAAACUAGUCAAUACAUAGCUUUACAUUGACAUAGCAGCCUUUUUUGGCGUAGGAUAAAUGCGAGGAGAUUGCGAAUCGAAAGAAGCGAUAUCGUUGAUGAUAAUGACGAGUCACGUGUACGUUUGCCCUGCUUCGGCGAUACUUUAACGUCGUACUUAGAAAAAAGAAAAAAGAACAACGGCGUGUGAUAUAAGUACGGGAUUCGCACAGUGAUGAAUACGACGCGAAAACGAAUGCGGGACGUGUCUCAACCAUGAAUGGCCUCCGGUAGAGGACUGAGCAAGAGGAACCGGGGGGAGAGGCGAGCCUCACGGUGUCCUCGGAGAGGACUAGGAGCCAGCGAUCGUGCGGACUCGAUCGUGCGGUCACGAGCUUGAAUUCCGUUCGCGGCUUUAGGCAAUUAAGGACGAGACGAAUUUGUAUUAUAAAGUGGUGCUUUUCUUGUAUGACGUGACAAUGAGAGAGAGUGAAAGAGCGGCGGCAUGAGAGGAUGAGCCGAUAAUCGAGCGAGGCUGAGUGUGCAUGAAGUCGUCGAAUACCAAUAGCGAGAUUAAACGUAUUUUUAACAUGUGGAUGUGUCCUAUCUGUAGCGUAAGUGUUCACCGAUCGGUCGCCGAUUAUGUGAUCUGUAUCGCAUCGUCGUGCGCGCGAAUGUGCGGGAAGAUGGUCGCUCGGGAUCGACGGUGUGAGGUGUCCUUCGUGAUUCACCGGAGAUCGCGGAGGGGAAUGCGAGCCGAUGUCUGCGUACAAGCCGGAAGAAAUUCGAAAGAGGGAGAUAAACUCAUUAUCGGUAAAAAUAAUACGUAUACAAUAUCGCAUAUUUGUGCUUGCUGGAUAUGAACGUAACGGACGUUAACUAUGUUUCCUCACCGAGAGUACUAAGUAUGUGUAUCCAAAAUUACUGCCCGCCAACUAACGAUCGUUUCGCCUGUGUGUGUAUGUGUGUGUGUGUGUGUAUGUGUGUGUAAGUGUGUGCGCCGAUCGCGCACAAAAGCCCAUAUACGUGCAUCGAACCACCCUUAGCGUCGGAAAUCCCUCAUUAUCACCCGCCAAUCCUCUUCCUUCUCCCCUUCCUCAUUUCCCUUCCCCCUCCUAUGAAGAUUCCGGAUUUGUCGAUUUAUCGCACGUAUUGUUUGUUCGCGUCUCCACGAACGUUCGUACUCGCCAUUGAUAUUUUGCAACGCGACUUUAGACAGUGCCGUUUAUGGAUAGUUAGUGGCACAACGACAUUGCUGUCUGAAUAGAUGAAAAAUAAAAAAAUGUUAUCUAUAUGCUGAGUGUAUAAAAAAGUAUAUAUAUAUAUAUAUAGAGAGAGAGAGAACGAGAGAGAGAGAAUGGAUGAAUGAAUAGAGAGAGAGAAAGAGGGAUAUAGGGAAGCUUCGUAACGUAUUUUUAACUCGAGCGAGUGUUUAGACCUAUACUACCCAACAACGCAAGAUCGUAAAAGACUUCUGAGAGAUAUCCAAAGGACAUCUAAAAGAUUAGACCGUCUUUAUGGCUUCUUUUACGGUAUCGUGUUGCCUGGGCAAUUUUAAACCGCGGUCCAAAACGAGCUCCUCCUAUAUCGGAGGCACGCGCGCUCGCGCGUGCCAACGAGGCCGCACGAGGGCGAGCCUUUUUGUACAUUUUACGUCCUCGUUCGCACGCGCGAAACGACACGCGAAAACGAAGAACUCGUUAAAAUCGUGCCGUGAAUAUCUCAUCCCCGCGCGUGUUCAUCAUCGGCGUUUCCCUCGCGGACGGCCGCGCGAACGGGCUCGAUCGUCGAGCCGCAUUCCUCCCUCGCUUAUCUAAGCGUGAACCGACAACACUCACAUUAUAUUUCGCUUUGUUUCAACUUUAUCUUUAGGAAGCACUCACACAUGUAUGGAAAUAGCGAAAAUGUUAAAACUAUUAAUCUCGAAUAAUUUACUCUGACUGUGACUUAAAUUCGAUUUCUUAGAGGCAAUCGCUUUAGAAUCGCGUUCAAAUUCAUUAAAUAAUAAUGGCAACCCUCGGCUGUAUCGAAUAACUUUAUCUAGUGUUCGUAACUGUAAUAAUGAGGCAGCUACCGUCUCUCCUUUCAGCAGUGGUGGUAAUUUUGCGAGGGUAAUACUCGAGGGUAAUUUCCGUUAAUCUUCCGAGGGCUUCUGCUUUCUCUAGAUAAGCGAAAUAGGAGUGCUUCGACAUUCGUGUCACAUCUAAACACUCAUCGUCUCCCCUGGGCCAGCCAAUCUCCCUCACACCUGCUCCCCCCACUGCCCCCUCACACUGCCCUCACACUCUUGAUCUUUAACCGUAUUAUCCGCUGUUGGACCCGGCAACGGUGCGUUCAAGAAGAAUCGACUAUUUUUUAAAUAUCACGUGUCAAAUUAAUGAGCGGGCCAGGUAGCCGCGAUAUACGUGUCGUACGGGCGGGGCCUCUAAAAAAAAAGAAAAGAAAAAAGAAAAACUUGACUCGAGGCCCAACCCCCCGUCUCACGCGAUUAUAAUAUUAGAAAAGAAAAAUUCACUCUCUAACUUCCGUGAAGUUUCAUCUCUCGUUUUUGCGAACUCGUUCCAGACUCGUUCGUCCCCUGCGACCGCCCGCGGGGGAUCGCGACAAACUCCACGUACUUCUCUAAAUAAAUAUAUAAAAAAAAAAGAAGAAACGAAGUAGAACGCGCGAAGAAAUAAUGAUUAUGUGAAAUAAAUAAAUAUAAAUAUAUAUGAAUAUAUUGAGAAGAUAUAUAUAUACACAUGAGACAGCUAGAGUGGCCAAUUAUAGCAGUAACUGUCGAUCCACGCAUUCGUGGCGCGAUUGGAUCUCGAGCGCGACUCCACGCCGAAAAAAAAGGGGUAGGGGGGAGGGGAUAAAAGAAUUCGGAACUCCGGAAAACGUUCAAGUUCAGGAUGCGAGAGCGACCGAAAUGGAGAGCGAGAGAACGAAAGAAGGGAAGAGAGAAGGAGAGCGUGAAAAUGAGAGAUAUCGAUGAUUAAGCGAGCGCGAAAGGCGAACGGAAGAGUCAGCCACGCUAAAGCUACUACGACCACUACCCUAGAUAGAUUAACGCUACUUUGCCGCUGAUCUAAUUGUUUACUGUCACGUGUUGCUGUAAACCUAAACCUAACGAUACGAUAUUAUAUAUAUUUUAUUUAUAUAACCUAAUCAACUGUAUUUAUUGUAAAUAGUCACGAUGUUUGCUAUGAUAUAAUAUAUCUGUAAUUGGAUGGGAACCUGCCUGAAACUGCGCCCAAAGCCCCCGUCUCCCUCAUCCCCUUCCCUAUUCCCAUUAGAUCCCGUACACGGAGUACAGCAGAACCUGUAGCAUAUGUACACAGAAAACGAUUAGUAUCAAAUCGACAAUUCAUUGUUUCAUGUAUGAGCAAGAAUGUAAAAUUUUUUUUGAAAGAGUUUAUAAUGUUAAACGGACAUAAUUUGCUAGUACGAAGAAAUUUUGUUUCUUUAUUUAAGCAAAUUAUGUCUGUUUAAGAUUAUAAAUUCUUUCAAGAAGAUUUAUAUUCUUUACAUUCUUGUUUAUACUCUUGUUUACAUAUGAAUGAAGUAUUGAUUUGAUAUUUAUUUUUUUCUGUGUACAAACUAUAAAGCAUAUACACACGUACACAGCAUACACGCACACAAACGCGGUGUCGACUGCCGUGUAGCCGUUUAGCGAUAAUUUAGAAAAGAGGAUAAAUGGAGAGAAAAAGACAGGUGUAUCGCGCGCGCGUUGAAUUAUCACUACGUCAAUAUUUCGUAUUGCAUCGACGGGCAAUCGAUUUCAUGUAAGAUGCUCCAUUUUACCAUUAGGAAGAAGAAAGGAAGAAUUCAUUUCCACCCACCCUGCCAUCAAACAUUCCUUUCCUCGUUUCCCCGUAAUUUCGAACCCUUCCGUAAACGAGAGCGUUACGAUGGUCACGAGUAAUUUUUAUAAAUGUAUUUUUUCGCUCCCACCCCUCUCCUCCGCGUAUUGAAAACAUCCCGAUUCGAUGAUCAUCGUAGAGGCGCCGGAAGUGAGUGAUUUACGGACUUUUCCACUUGAACCACUGCCACGCGGCAGACGGCGAUCCAACCAGCAUGUCCAAUAAACUUACAAUAUUACUAUCUUAAGUACAAUAUAUUAAGUGUUUUCAGAAAAUAUAUGAUCUAUAUAUGAUAAUAAAAAACGGGAAAACGUU